AUUCACCUCGUCGUCCCACAUACAUACUAUCGUCUAAAUCAGGCAGAUCACCAUAUCAGCAUCAGCCAGCCAUGUCCGACUCGUCCCUUCGCCCAUACUUUGACAUCACCAUCGACUCGCGCCCAGCUGGCCGGAUCGUCUUUGAACUCUUUCAAGACGUCGUACCCAAGACGACCGACAACUUUUUGCACCUCUGUCUCGGCGACAAGGGCACGAACGAGAGUGGGGCCAAGUUGAGCUAUGAGGGAAGCGGAUUCCACAGGGUUAUCAAGGGGUUCAUGUUGCAGGGAGGAGACUUUACAGCUCACAACGGGACCGGCGGAGUCUCCAUCUACGGCGAAAAGUUCGAGGACGAAAACUUUGACUUGAAGCACGACAAGCCGUUCUUGUUGUCCAUGGCCAACGCUGGUCCGGGAACGAACGGGAGUCAGUUCUUCAUCACUACGGUCAAGACUCCUCAUCUCGACGGCAAACACGUCGUCUUCGGUAAAGUCAUCGCCGGUAAAUCCCUCGUGAGGCGUAUCGAAUCCCUCCCCACCUCGUCCUCCGACGCUCCCGUCUCGCCCGUCAAGAUCGCUUCCUCCGGCGUCCUCUCCCCCUCGGACCCUCUCCCCUCUUCGUCCUUGACUCCGGGCGACAAGUACGAAGAUUACCCGACGGACCAGGAAGACCUCGAUGAGGGGGACGUCAAGGGACAUUUGGAUGUUGCGACCGAUCUCAAGGCUUUGGGCGCGGCCGAGUUCAAGGAGGGCAAGGUGGAUGUCGCGCUGGGGUUGUGGGAGAAGGGGGUCAGGUACCUGGAUGUCAACCCGUUCUUACCGGAAGAGACCGGGAAGGAGCUCAUGAAGGAGUACGAAGCCAUGCGAUACUCUCUGCUUGCCAACAUCUCCCUUGCGGCCCUCAAGACCAGCCCACCUCAACCCAAACUCACUGUCUCCCACGCGACCCGGAUCCUCUCCCUCGCUCCGUCCAAAUACCCUCUUUCGGCCGCUGACAAGGUCAAAGCCCUCUAUCGAAGGGGUCAGGCCCACGUCCUCUUGAAGGACGACGACGCCGCAGAGAAGGAUUACAAGGAAGCCCUCAAGAAUGGAGGGGAUGCGGCGGUCAAGACGGAAUUAGCAAAGUUGGUCAAGCGACGAGAGGUCACCAAGGAGAAGCAGAUGAAGGCUUUCGGAAAGAUGUUCGCCUAAGGCGUCUUGUUCGAGGUGAAGGUGCGGGGAUGAGGAGAGUCGAGGUGGACCUCGAACGCGGACGUCAGGCGCGGAGGUCUUUUAACGAAAAAACAAAGCAAUCAUGCGUACGGACUGAUGGGAUACUCGGCUUGUCUUGCGGAUAACUGUUCAAUAACGCUGGCUUUAAGGGUAGGGAGAGCCCUACGAUAGAUGGAUAGAUCGAUAUAGCAUACGAGGCUUGUGUUUAUGAGAAUACCAAUUUUACGAAAUGGACGCGAGAUCGAGGUCGUCCAGGUGCGGAGUGGUUGUGAACAGGCUCCUUUGAUCUUGACCCUGCUCGAGUAGUGUCCAGG